UUAUUUUUUUUUCCACUUUUUUUAUUAAUUACUAUUUUUUUUCCGCCAUUAACGACCUCUGAGCAUUCAUACAAAACAUAAAAAAAAUUGCAGAAAACAGGUGAUCCUUUCUUUAUUUCUCUAUUUUCUGACCUUUUUUUUUUAUGAUUAUAAUAGUUUUUUGAGAGCUUAUUGUUGAUCUUGUCCUCCAUCUGUUCAAUUUACUUUUUAUUUUUGUUGAGUUCUGCAUUUUGCAUGCUUGAUUCAUCUCUCAAUUCGUUUCGUUAAUGAGUGAAUGCAAUAAAUAAAACUCACAGUCAGGGUAAUAUUAAUGGAUAAAUAUUAGUUUUUAACAUUGAUUUUUCUGUAUAUUGUCACAAUAAUUAAUAAAAGAUUCAUAGUGCAAUGUGAUCAUCGAUAAUGACUGUGUAUUGGAAUCUCAAUAAAACUCAUAGGGAACUGUUUGACUGGUAGGAACUGGGAAUUGAGUGCAAGGCGCCCUAUGUGUUGAGGAAUUUGAAAACUAGGUUUUUUUGGCACCUUGGAUGUAAUCGAACAUUUUGAACUUUUUUCCUGAAUUGGGUUGAAGUAGAAUCGCAACUUUGUGAAAUUUUUAUUGGUGUUGAAUAAAGAAAUUCAGGGUUUUUUUUAAUGCUGCAUCAAAUUGAGUUUUUGCGGCUAUGUUUGCCUUUGAAAGCAGAUAAGUGAUGUGAUGUCCUAUUGGUAGUGAUUUGUGUAUAACUUGCAAGAAACCUUUUGAGCUGAUAAAAUGGGAUUAUCUUAUUAAACAAAGUAGUAUUUCUUUCAUGUUCUUCAAAGGUCGGGUUGGAUUUUGGGUGAUAAUUACUUUGAGACUGAACUCCCAAUAUUACAAAUCGAGUUGUUUUAUAGUCAGGCUUUUCACUCCCAAUGUGGAAUGCACUCCUACCUUCUCCGGUUCUCUCUCUGAUAAAAACUAAAGUGCAGAAGACAUAUAUGGCCACUUCCAUGCUCGGACUUAGUGCACUCUCUAGUUUGAGAGUGUUUGAAUGACGCUGGGAGUUAAAACUUUGGUGAUAAGAGGCAGCGUCUGUAUCAAUAAAAUUUGAACUCAUUACUGAAUCUGUUUUUAGGCUGUUUCAUAUUAGUGCAAGGAGAUAUAUUAAUGCAUAGACAUAUGUAGUGCAAAUCUAUUGGGUUUGAGCACAUUUACGUGGCCCUCUGGAUGUGAUGAAUUCUCCAAGUGGAUGUACUCCAUAAACUUGGGUAUGUUACUGCUUUUCAAAAUAUGUUGAGGUUGAUGUGGUGAAAAACUAGAAACCUCUAUCUUGAUUCUCUAUCUUUGCCUGAAUGUAUUGCAGCAAGCUUAUACUGAAAGCAUCUUUGAGUUUUAUCAAAAGUAUUGUGUAUGCCUGGAAUUUGGCAAUUGAAUUUUGUGAUUUUGUGGGAGCACCUUUUUAGGAGGGCCAAUUGUUCGAGCAUGACAUUAAUAUUGUUUCAUUCCCAGUAGAAUGCUUCACUGCUAUUUUUUGGGGGAUCUGACUGCAAAAGGUGUUUCGUAGAAAUAUUGACUAUAAAGCAUUGCGCUAUAUUCAUAGGUUUGAUUCUCAUGCCAUAAUCAGUUUCAAAAAAAUAUUUUUUGAAGGUAUGGAGAUGAAAAAAAAAGCAAUAAAUUUGCAUUGCUUUAACACUUUUGGGUUAUGUAGUGUCCUUGAUGUAGAUGCCAAUUAUACUUUGUGCAAGAGAAGGUGUAACUUUGUUUGUUAGACUUGUUUUUAGUUGCUGGAGUUUUGCAAUGCGGAAGAUGACAAUUCAAUAGGUAGAUUAUUUUUUUCUUGUCAUUUUGGUCAAAAAAUAGUGCAGGAAUGGAUGUGGAUUCUCCUGAGGAUGGAUUUGAAGAAAUAAGUGAUCUUUUGAAUGAAGAUAGCUCCAUUUUGGCUGGUGAAGUAGAGUUAAAUUUUGUAGCAAAUAAGGAAGAAAAAGCUGAAGAUUAUGUUUUUGACAACUUAGCAAGCAGUAAUGAAUUUCAUCUAGAUAUGACUGAGCAAGGGCAGCAGGAGCCCCCAUUACUCCCUUCUGAUUUCAGAUGUUAUGAGAUUUCUGGAUGUCAUCCUCAAAAUUUUCGUUCUCCUCUGCAAAGAGGAUUUGAUCAUGACAUAGAUUUGAAUGAAACAAAACCUGUUUGUGAUCCAGAGAGGUUGCAAUUUCCAUCCAGCGAUAACCAUCACCAAGACGUGACUGAGGAGUUAUGUGGCAGUUAUCUUUGUACAUCUUCCUUCAGUGUUCAGGUAGAAACUGUCCUCCACGAUAAUGAAACAGGAGUUUCUGCACAUCCACUGGAGUUUCUGUUAAUGGAGGACACAAAUCAGGAAGAAGUGAAGGAUAGGCCAGCCUCUCUGUCACAUGAUGAAAAGUUACAUGAGGCUUUAUCAGAGACAUCGCAAAAUGAGUUGAAAAAAUAUGACUUUGAAAACAAGGAAGUAGAAGAGGAUGUUCCAGAUCUGCAAAUGGAAGAAUUGUAUUCUUCUCCUAUAUCCCAAGGGGUUAAUAAUGAAACCAUGAGUGGAGACACUUACUAUUCAAAAAACAAACCAGCUGAGGGCACAAAGCUUGAAAUGUCCCAUUCUCGAAUGCACAACCAUGAGAAAAAUACACAGCUAUCAAAAUCACAACAGACAGAGAGACAACUCUCAGUUUCACCUGACACAUCUCAUUGUGUAUACCAGUCUCCAAGGAAUAAAAAGACAUUGACUUCAAAACAAGACCUUCAAGACGUUUCAAAUUCUUCUAGACCACAACGGCAGAAACAUUUCUCUUCACCUGAAACUUCUGAUCUGGGCAAAGAAGUCCCGUCCAAGGAUCAUGCAUUGCGUGAUGGUAGGCAAAAUCCUGCUUCUCCACGAGGGUCUCGACAAAGACAAACAUCCUACCAUACGAAUGGUUCUUCUGUGAAACGCGUGUCUUCAUCACCAAAAAAUCAUACCUUGCACUUAAAUCGUCGAGGACAGGACAGGUCAGUGUCACGGUCACCUGUCAGGCGAAGGGAUUCCUCUUCUGUAUACAAGAGUGAUCACCGUAAUAGAUCUCGAUCAAGGUCCCCAGAUAGAAGAGAUUACCAUAGAAGGUCCCCAAGGAGGUACUCUCCAAGGCACAGAUCUCCUCCUUCAGGCUAUCAUUCUCGCCGUGGAUCUCCCAGGAGGCGGCCUUGGUCACCACCUCAUAACAGGAGCACUGGAGUUGGGAAACCUGGAAGAAAUCUAUUUGUUGCAGGCUUUGGUUUUAUGACCACAGAAAGGGAUCUAGAAAGGAAAUUUUCUAGAUUUGGCCAAGUCCGAGAUGUUCGUAUUGUUCGUGAUAAGAGGUCGGGGGAUUCGCGAGGGUUUGGCUUUUUAUCUUUGCAGAGGGAUGAAGAAGCAGAUGCAGCAAUCAGAGCUCUUGAUAAAACAGAGUGGAAUGGUCGGAUUGUCCUUGUGGAGAAAUCAAAAUCUCAUUAAGGAAUCAUAUCUGCAGUUACCCUUAUCAGAUGAAAUGUUUGUCCGCUGCGCAAUUUUGUAUCCUAUCAAAAGCAACUAAAAUAGCAUGGCAAAAUUUUCCUGAGAUGAACAGUAUGGUACAACUUCAGGACACAGUAUCUGACAAUACUCAAAAAUUUGUAUUUAUGGAUGAGGUAACUGACUGCUGAUCUUGUAUACAUCGUUAUUAGUUUUUGAUCGAUUUCUGUUGAAUCUUCAUUAUAUGGAUUACGUUUUAUAUGACUAAUCAUAAAAAUUGAGAAAAAAUGCAAUGAAGGAGAGUUAAAUCCAC